UGGAUAAACGGUGGACUUGAAUCGACUGACGUGGUUGGCAGCGAGUGGUGAUCGCGCGAAUUAAUUACAGUUGUUGAGUUCUCAUUCCAAGUAUAAAUGAAGUUUUAAAAUAAAGUGUAAAAUAAGAAAAUAAUACGUCUUUCAAUGUCCUUAAGUUUUUAACAAACAAGGGAAUAAAUAUUAACAAAUAUGGUAUUAUUUACAAUGAUUGCUAGGAUAGCAGAUGGUUUGCCACUUGCUGCGACAAUGCAAGAAGAUGAACAGAGUGGCAAAAGUAUUUUGGAAUAUCAAAAUCAAGCAAAAAUGUUAUUCAAAAAACUUGGAUCACAAUCUCCAACAAGAUGUACUAUUGAAACUGGCCCAUAUUUAUUUCACUAUUUGAUCGAAAAUGAGGUUUGUUACUUAGUACUAUGUGAAAGAAAUUGGAGUAAACGAUUAGCUUACAGUUAUUUGGAAGAUAUUGCACAAGAAUUUCAUGUGCAAUACGGAAGGCGUGUUAAUACUGUUACAAGACCUUAUUCAUUUAUAGAAUUUGAUACCUAUAUUCAAAAAGCGAAAAAAUCAUAUUCAGAUGGUAGAUCAAGAAGAAAUAUGAAUACUCUCAAUAGCCAACUUCAAGAUGUUCAAAGAAUUAUGGUUCAGAAUAUUGAUGAUGUUUUACAAAGAGGAACUAUUUUAUCAGAAUUGGACACUAAAACUCAAAAUCUUUCAAUGCUGUCACAAAAAUAUAAGAAAAAUGCAACUCAAUUAAACAGCAAAUCUAUGUAUGUGAAAGCUGUCGCCGGUCUUGUUGCAUUCCUUGUCUUCAUACUAUACUUUUUCAUUCUCUAGUUGAUCAGAAAAACUUUUAAAAGAAUUUUUAUUCCUGAUGAGCCAGCAGACCGAUAAUAAAUAAUUUUGUCUUGAAAAUAUCUUUUAUUUUGAUUAUCUUCAAUAUCAUGAUUUUCUAUUGCUUUGAAAUCUUGUGGGUCUAGAAUAUUAUCUAAUAAUUCUGACAGUCUUCUUGAGUCUAGAACU